AACUUUAUCUACUUGAAGUAGAAGACCUGUUUGGCAGAGUUGGAAUAGAUAUAGUCAGGCUUUUUAAAGAUAUAACAGAUAGUAAAAAUCAUUAUAUCAUUGUGGCUACAGAAUACUUAACAAA